AUGGCCUAUGAGAUAACCGAGAUAAAGAAGGUUGGUAUAGGCCUAAUUGGUUUCGGCAUAUUCUUCACAUUUCUUGGCAUGAUUAUCUUCUUUGACCGUGGUUUGCUUGCUCUGGGAAAUAUAUUUUCCUUGGCAGGGAUAGCCAUUUUGCUUGGUUGGCGUUCUACGUGGGCACUUUUCACUAAUACGGCGAAUUAUAAGGGUUCUGCAUCAUUUCUUCUAGGUCUCUUUUUCAUUUUUGUGAGGUGGCCAGUAGUUGGUAUAAUACUUGAAAUAUACGGUUGUUUUUUCCUCUUCAGUGGGUUUUGGUCUUCUAUCAAAAUGUUCCUCUACCAUAUCCCUGUUGUUGGAUGGAUUAUACAGUUUAUUUCUCGUGACUCCUUGAUUGUCACAAAGGGAGUUUUGACUGAUUAUCAUAGUACAUGGUUAAUGACGGGGUUUGACUACCUUGUACCGCAGCAUGUCAUUUCUGUAAAAAUGUUGUAUUUGGUAGCCAUAUCUUGUUGCUUCAAGGCUCAUAGUGGCCUUAUUUUUGCUUUAGCUUUUAAUUGGUUGAUUGGAAUUGGAUCUGUUGCCCCAAGAAUGAUGGAGGGCUUGGGCUUGGUUGUAGUGGGCUUACUAAUGAGGCUUUCUGAUGAAGGUGGGAUGAGGCUUUGUACCCAAAAGAGAGACCUAAACAUCAGUGUGGCGCCUACCAUUGGUGAGUUGAGGAUCAAGCUUAUGAAAUUUGGGAACCUGAUAUUUUUCUUUUUCUUUAAUCUCUAG